AUGGUGGUCCUGAGGAGUAGCGCUGCUCGCCCGCCCGCACCAGCAGCCCGCGAUAGCCGGCGCCGCCGCGCCUCCUUCGACCUCUUGGAUUCCAGCUCCGAGUUCAUCUCCCUGGAACCCCCAUCGCUCAGCAGCCGCCGCAUCUGGACGCGCUCCGGGGCCUCCUCGGUCACCACCAGGGCCGCGGGAUCCAGGGGGACCAGGAGAACCGGCGAGGAUGUGAGUAACCGGGAAUAUUCCUCUAGCAAAAUGGAAUGUUUCGGUGGACACUGUUUAAGAUCAAUGAGAAAAAGCAUCCCACCCUGUUCGGACUCUAGCUUUGACAAAAGCAUGGAGAUAUUAAGUGAAAGUAUCAAUCGAAGACACUUAACAAGGCAGUUGGCAAAGCGGAAAUCAGAACAGAAAAAAAAAGACUAUAAAGAAGUCACCAGGACACUGAGAACCAGAGCCGAGGCAAAAGCUGCAGAACAUGUCCAUGAACAAAAUGGAGAUUUAGAGGUCCGCCGAAGCUGCAGGCUUCAACAAAGUCGUUACACCACUACAAAUCAGUCCGUAUUGUUUGACAAACUUAUAACAAAUACUGCAGAAGCCGUCUUGCAGAAGAUGGAUGACAUGGAGAAGAUGUGUAGACGGCGAAUGAUGGAAGACCUGGGAGUGUUCAGCAACACAAAUGAAAACCUCAGUAUGUAUUCCCGAGGAAAGAAAGAAAUCCAGAGAGCUGACAAAGAAAUAGCUGAUCAUCAGGGGAGAAGACAGUUAACUUCAUCAGACGAAAGUGACGAGAAAGAAGAUGAAGAUGGUGAGCACACUCAAAAGCGUUAUUUCUUUCGACAGAGGAAGACUGUGGAGCGCUACCAAGCGCCGCUGGAAAAACCAAGACAACGUAAGAUGGAUUUUCCGGGCCAGUCUUCACCUGUCAGACAGACAUGUUCAUUUACAAGCGCUCAGCCGCAAGGCUCUUGCUGCAAAAGUAAUAACAGACGGAAACACGCAGUCCACAGCAAUGAUUCCACAUCCUCUUCCUCCUCAUCUGAUGAUGAUGAAGAGCAUUUUGAGAGGCGUAGGAGGCACAGCCAGAACAGAAAUUUAAGAAGGUGUCUGCCACUAAACUUCCGGACAGAUGAGCUAAAGGGAAUUCGCAAGGAUCGAAUGAAAAUCGGAGCAAGUUUGGCUGAUGUUGAUCCAAUGCAAAUCGAUUGUUCAGUACGAUUUGAUGCCGUGGGUGGUCUUUCUGAGCACAUUUCAUCUUUAAAAGAGAUGGUCGUUUUUCCGUUGCUGUACCCAGAAUUCUUUGAGAGAUUCAAGAUCCAGCCUCCAAGGGGCUGUCUGUUCUAUGGUCCGCCAGGGACUGGAAAGACACUGGUUGCUCGUGCCCUUGCUAAUGAAUGUAGCCAAGGUGACAGGAGAAUAGCCUUCUUUAUGAGAAAAGGUGCUGACUGCCUGAGUAAAUGGGUGGGGGAGUCUGAACGACAGCUUCGCUUAUUAUUUGAUCAGGCCUACCAGAUGCGUCCUUCAAUUAUUUUCUUUGAUGAGAUAGAUGGUCUUGCUCCUGUGAGGUCCAGUAAACAAGACCAGAUUCAUAGCUCUAUUGUGUCGACACUUCUGGCACUUAUGGAUGGCUUAGACAGCAGAGGAGAGGUUGUGGUGAUCGGAGCCACCAACAGAUUGGAUUCUAUAGAUCCGGCUUUACGAAGACCCGGACGCUUUGAUCGGGAGUUCCUCUUCAACUUGCCAAAUAAAGAGGCCAGAAAAGAGAUUUUCAAGAUUCACACACGAGACUGGACCCCUAGACCACUGGACACGUUUCUUGAAGAGCUGGCUGAGAAAUGUACUGGAUACUGUGGUGCUGAUAUUAAAUCCUUAUGUGCUGAAGCUGCACUCUGUGCUUUGCGCCGCCGCUAUCCUCAGAUAUACAGAAGUAGUGAGAAACUGCAGUUAGAUAUCGCUUCUAUUAAAAUAACAGCAAAGGAUUUUGUCAUGGCUAUGCAGAAGACUGUUCCAGCUUCACAGAGGGCUGUGGCUUCACCUGGGCGAGCACUGUCACCUAUUGCAAAACCACUGUUUGAAAACACACUAGCAAGAAUCUUACAAGCCUUGCAGAGAGUAUUUCCCCACACAGAGCUUGCGCUAAAGGACCAACAGCAAGACAGUUUAAAUCCCACUUUAAGAAAUGAUGUGAUUGACAGUGAUGCGGAAUCACCACCAAUCUUUGAAGAGAAUCCAACUCAUAAAACACCUGGUAGACAACCGGAAAGAUUCCUCAACUUUGGCAGAAAUGUUUAUUACCAGCCAACAUCUUGUAGGCCACGGUUGUUACUAGUGGGAGAGCCAGGAUACGGGCAGACUUCUCAUUUGGCACCUGCGGUAAUACACGCCCUGGAGAAGUUUCCAGUUUAUACACUAGACCUAUGUAUGUUGUUGACAAGCAGCACCUCACCAGAAGAAACGUGUGCACAGUUGAUGCGAGAAGCUCAGAGGACGGCACCCAGUAUAAUUUAUAUCCCACAUAUCCAUUCAUGGUGGGAGGCUGUUGGAGCUACACUGAAAGCUACUUUUACAACACUACUGGAGAACGUUCCAACAUUUGCUCCAGUUCUGCUGCUUGCAACAUCUGAUGUGCGUCACGCGGAUCUCCCAAAAGAGAUCAAAGACUUAUUUAAUGACAGCCAUGAAGAAGUUUUCAAAAUCCAGCUGCCUGAUAGGCAAGAAAGAGGAACGUUUUUUCAGGACUUAAUUGUAAAUCAAGUUGCUAAGCCUCCUGCACCCAAACCCAGCGCAGCUUGGCGUCCAUUGGAAGAGCUGCCUGUAGCACCACCACCUAAGCCUCGACAAUUGACAGAGGAGGAAAGAAGGCAGCUGGAGGAGCAGGAGGAGGAUACAUUGCGUGAACUCAGGAUUUUCCUAAGGGAUGUGACUCAUAGACUUGUCAUUGACAGACGUUUCAGAGUAUUUUCAAAGCCUGUUGACCCAGAGGAGGUACCUGAUUAUAACACAGUUAUCAAACACCCCAUGGACCUUUCAACAGUUCUGUCCAAGAUUGACUUGCACCAGUACCUAACUGCAGGAGACUUUCUAAAAGACAUUGAUCUAAUCUGUAGCAACGCGUUAGAAUACAACCCAGAUAAAGAGCCUGGAGAUCGUCUCAUUAGGCACAGAGCUUGUAUUCUGAGGGACACUGCGUAUUCCAUAGUGAGGGAAGAAAUGGAUGAGGAUUUUGAACGAUGCUGUAAAGAAAUACAAGAAUCUCGUAAGGAAAGAGGUUGUAGUUCAUCCAAGUAUGCUCCGUCUUACUACCAUGUAAUGCCAAAGCAGAACUCUGCUGCUGGGAGUAAGGGAACGGACCCGACGUGUAGUGAUAAACUGAAGGUGCCAGCAGAGCCUGUAUGCUUCAGUACACCCUCCUCUAAAGAUACGGAAAAAAGAAAACGCAAAAAGAAGAAAGUGCAUUCAAGUAUCGCAAACAAGAGGAUGAAUUUUCAGUUCAAUAAAGAGAAUAAAGUUCCAGAAGAGCAAAAUGAAGUAGAGAGUGAUGAGGAGUUAGAAACAGGAAGACCUCUUUAUACCAGAGAUCACAAUGAAGGGGAAUCCACACAGGAUUCUUCAAUGGAUGAAAAUGAAAAUGUCCUGCAGGAACAACACAAGAAUGUGAAUGAAAAUAAAGCUGGUCCAACAGAUGUGUGGGUGCCCCGUGCGGUUCGUGCGAGGCGUUCUGGGGGAGAAGAGCGAACGGCAAUGGGUGUCGAGAAAGCGAUUGAAAUUCCCAAGCAGCCAGUGGUUGUGGAUUACUUUGAACUCAAACAACUGUUGCAUUUUGUCACCAUGAUAACAAAGAACUUCAACGUUACGCAGCUGGAAAAACUCUAUGCAGUUAUCUGUCAGUGCAUUUACCAACACCGGCAAGAUUACGACAAAACUGAAUUAGUAAAGGAAAUGAAGAAAGAGAUUGCAGCCUUCACGUACUCUGAGUGACUCUUGAUUUUGGACUGAAAAGACUUCUU